AAACAGUCAUUGCAUGUUUAGUUUAAAUAUGAAUGUUAUAAGCUGUAAUACACAUACACCACGUAACCUUGUGGUAUUAAAGCCCUUGUAAAGCCCCCUCUAGUCCAGCACAAACCGACAAUAGAGACACAGUUCAUAUGGAUAUGCCCGUUUUCACUGACCGUUACCACAAUCAAUGUUACUUCAGAUGCUGUAACGAUGGAUGAUUCCAUAUUUUCCUACAGAGUAUCUAACUACAUGGGAUGUAGGCUGCUCAGAGGAGGAAACACCAAGUUUGUCAGCAGAUUUAACUUCUCGCUCCGAUGGUCGACACUCUCUCAGCUGGACCGUGAAGCCGAUUUCACAGGUUGCACGUUUAUGGCUGUGACGUCACACAAUGGCGGUUUCUGUCAGUUUGGAUUUGCGCGACAUUCGGAAGACACAGAGCAGAGUGAAAUGUCUAAUUCAAGUUAAGGAAGUAAACAAUGUUCAACAAUACCCGCUACGGCGUCGGCCUCUCCCUCCAGGCUUCUGCUAUGUCUGCAGUCGGCUUGAUCCAAAUGGGCGACAUAAGGUUCCAAACGGAUACCUCUUUUCCAAAGGUUUCUUUUCUUACUGUGAACACAUGCAACCACCUCGGCCACCAUAUCCAACAUUUAUUGAAGAUGAUAAGGAUAUCGAUAUCCCGGUACUCCCACUAGAACAUCUCGCGAACAAGUCUCCGGGUCAACCGCCUGGUAACCAAAACGUAAACCUAAGUGUUAGUGUUACCAUCAAGAACAAGAACUCCCCGUCACCGGACCAAAAGUACAGCAAAAAGUAUUUUGAUACAGCUGUCCUGAAUGGUGUGGAUGACAAUGAUUAUGAUUACUACGAAGACGACCGAUAUAGGCUUCCUCCGGUGUUUGAUAAGGACAGUCCAGAAAAUGGCAAACAUAUCUUACAUGCCAGUGAUAAAACAUUUGCAGAGGCCGGUUCAUACAACGAUGAGAUACAUACUUAUCUUUCCGACGACGAUUUUAAAGUUCCCCAUUUGCCCUCCCUCUCUAAUGGUAGGAAUAUGACCUCAUAUCAUGACGAGUACAAACAUGACCCCUCGUCAACGUCACCCGGGCGUUCAACAAAGGUUCGUCACGUCGUGAAGAAGAAGAAGACUAAAAGGGAGAUCGAGAAACCCCUGAAGUCUCAAAUAGAUGACGUACCACAACAUAACGACGAGUACGAUGAAGAUGAAGAGGGUGUAUUGAAAUACAAUCACAGAGACGAAUUUUCGUCUCUUCCGAAUGAAGGACUAGAAAUGGCGCCUUCUCGUGAUAAUUCAAAGUUGAAUUCCGGUAUGACUGAAAUGUCAUCUGCUGCACCGGACGUGUCAUCUGGGGGAAUGGAAGUGUCGUUCGGUGACCGGAGGAGAUCUCUUCAUGAGAAUCCGCCAUCAAUGACUAUACAGAAAAUCGGAUCACCGGAGCAUUGGUGUGAGUGUACUGAUACUGAUCUUGUCACACUGAAAUGUGACGAAUGUGCUGCAAUAGGCGGGCACGAGAAUUGGUGCACAUACGCGCGUUCGGGGUCCCGUCACGGGAAAUGUCCCAAAUGUGGAAAGAACGUGCGUAAAACCAAGGCACUUAGUUCACAAGAUGUUAAGACGGAUAUAAAACGGAAACUCAGUUUCACACGUAGAAUGUCGAGAAUGACCACAAAGUCAGACGAUCUGACAUGUCAAGGAAACGUCCUCUCAGCGACACACCCCUUACGUCAGUCAAGGCAACGGGUCCUGCACGUGCGUUUCGAGGACGAUAAGGAUGGUACGCACGCGGAAAAGCACGUGGAUAGGUUGCGUAGUAAGACGGUUACCGACGAGGACUACAAAAAGUACGAUAAGGCAUAUCAAGACUUUGUCUAUAAUCGCGAGGGUUGGACGGAACAGUCCGACUACUCAGACGAGGAAGAAUUCGAUGACUUCCCUCCGAAAGUGCAUCCACGGGUUGAUCCGAACAUUCAUCGGGAUGCUUACUAUCGCGCAAUAGCGGCAAGGAGCCUAGAGAAAUUGAAAAAGAUGGAUGAGGUCGAUGAAAAGUUCGCUGCUGAUAGAAUAAGUAAACCUCAUGUGUUUUCUUAUUUUAAACUUCGGCCACAUCAAAAAAAUGCACUACCUGGUGGUCCUGAUAACAUAGGAAUUCUUCCGUCGGAAUCCGCCAACGUUCGUCCACGCAAGGCUAUGAAACAUAUAUUUGGUAAAAUCAAAGUAGAUGACUUUUAUCCGGGUGGAAAGAGAAAUAAAUCGCAAGUGUCCGUGUCAUACUCUAAAGACAAAAACAAGCAGACCAUGCCGAUAAACAAAUGGACUAGAGGAGGCCUGAACGGCUGAUCUAUGACUAAAUUGUAUUCCUGUAUACAUUACUGCUAAUGUAUUUAUUUACGCGAGCUCAAAUUUUAUCGCAUGAAUAAAUCAAAAAAUAUUUCAAUUUCAAAUGCAACAUAAAAUAUGGGGGCUUGAUGCAUGGUAAAUUGAUUGCACUUCUGACUAAGACUAUGUAAGUCCUAUUUGCAAACAAUGUAUUCUGCAAUCAUAGGUAAAGGGAGAAAACUCUCAUUCAUUAUGAAUGUACAGUUUUAUAAUUAUAUGAAUCAUACAAAUGUCAUUGAUACAAAUUCAUCAUGCAUUAGUUCUUUGGAAUUGAGGCCAUUAAACAUAUUGAUGCGAAUAUAAUUCAGCGGAAUCCUUUAAGUGUAAAAUACCGCUAAAGAUGGACGUUUACAGAACUUGGUUUUCAACAAAAAAACAAUGCUGUCUCGCACGUAUAGCAAUUUUUGUUACAAUUCUAACUAAAAUGGUUUUAAUGAUAUCAAAAAUAUUAAUGCAUGUGUGAUUUUACCUGAACAGUGUAAGGAGAAAUGGUCUCUCCUCUCCUCCCUCCUGUUAUUUUAAUGAUGGAACCAAAGGUUCAAGCCUAGCUGUUUGAUUGGUUACAAUCGGACCAAUCACAAGGCUGAUAGAUAGUUGUAACAGUACUUUGAUAUCAACAUCUAUUUGCCUGAUAAAGCAAUUGACUACUAAUACCGCAAGGUGGCGUGAUUCUUUCGCGAGAAUACUUUUGGUGCAGAAAGAUAUGUGCUUCAUGUGGAGACCGAUUGAUUUAUAAUGAAAAGGAAAUUUCCUGGUAAAUAUCUUUUCAUAUAAUUAUCAAUUAAUAUGUUAAAUUUUAUAAAGUUUUGAUUUACACAUUUGAUUUAAAACGUGUCAUUUGAAAAUUAUUUAAUGCCCUUUUAUUCAUGUUAUAUUUCAGAAUGGUGAAUGUUUUCUUCUAACAAAACAAAUAAUAUAUUGUUUUACUCAAAAUAAUAAUUGAUCUUCCGAUACCCCCAUGGAAUACAAUAUAUAUAUAUGUAAUGCAUAAUAAACCACAGAGUAUUUGGUUUAAAACAAUAUCGUACUUUACAUGAAUUUUAAACACAAAAAUCCUCUCUCUAUAUCGAUAGGACUGAUUAUUUGGUUUGUUAUCUUAUUCUGGAAAAUAAAAAAUCAUAUUCUGUA